AUUGCAAGUCUGAAACGAAACUGUCUGAGAAGUGUUAACCUUUCGAGUAGUCCAGUCGACUCACGAACCAAUUACGAAGUAAUAUCGUGUGUCCUCACGGUCUUGUUCUCAGAGUUAAAUACAGAGAUUUCCAUUGUAAAGAGAAAGUGAAGGUGAGUAGUCAGAGAAAGUCAUAUAUUUUGACUGUAAACGUUAAUGAAAACGAAAGCGCCAAGAAUUAUCUCUCCGGUGUGAUUUGAACAGAGUCAAAGCGGCUUUUAAUCAAUUUGAGAUGACUAACUUCAUCACAGAUAAACAUUCAAGAGAGGAAACCGUUGAUUAAAAACCACUCAAUCCAUUUGAUUAAAUUUUAUACGACAUAAGCAGGAAAGAUGUUAACAAUAUUAAAUACUGUGAGAAUUAAUUACGCUACGGACAUGGCCGUAUGACUUUGUCUUCAGUUCUUCUCGAUAGUUCAUCUACUCGAUCAAUUCCCUUCUGACUGAGUUUACGUGACAAGUAUUUGUAAUUUAAAGAUACUGAUCCUGUUAUUUUAGUCAAAAUAUGUCCUUUUUAGUAUAUGUUUCGUUAGGAGAAAGCAAUUUUCAGUCUAGGCGGGAGCCCCAAGCAUUACUCGGUAGAUGUGAUUUGCACUGAAGCACAGCGGCGAUGUUACUCAGUUCCUGACAGAUAACUUUGUCGUAGAGCGCUAUUUCGCUGUUUUUAUGGCUUACAACCAUUAACGUAGUCCCAUUUUUUUAAAUGUACACAACACCUGGAUGAUUUGAACGGUAGGCGAUUGAAAUUCAGGCUGUGGGAAUUGAUUUGUUAGUUGCGCUUCGAUUCUAGGAAUCUUAAAAGAUCAAAUGAAUUAUCUCUGACUUACGUAUGAAUUUUCUGGAAUAGGAUAAGCUUUGAAAAUAGAAUAAAAUUCUGGCGGAAAAUAAAACUCCGUCUUCAUCGUACCACACGAGAAGCGAUUGGUUAUGAAAACAUUAAGAGCAAAUAAACUAAGCCAAAUACUAUAAGAAAAGCAAAAAGAAACGGCGGACGCGGGAGAUAGGGCGCCGACCACUCUCGCUCGCUUCCUCCUCUCCCCCUGGUCAGCUUUUACGGCGAGGCACAAAUAUCUUUACAGGGUCAUCAAGGAAAAAGCAUAGUUUAUCGUACAUAUGCAAGUACAGAGUGAUCAGAUUAAAAGCCUCCCCAGGCCUCUUUGUUAUGCUUCUCUCCCUUAGCUAAUACACUAAAAAUUAUUUAUGAAGCGUUACCUACACCUUAAACCAUUCAUGUUGACUAUUAGCGGAACUACAUUCCCUGAAUGCAAAAGAAUCAUUAUGAUGCGAAACAAACGAGAAAUUAAGCUAUAUUUACAAAUUAACAACUUUAUUCCAUUGGAGAAAGUAACAUAGAACCGCUAUGAAUCUACGUCAGAGAUUAGCUAUGCAUGCAUGAUUAAGGAAUCUGAUAAACUAUUUGCAGUCAUUUGCAAGUCUGAACCUGUCUGAGAAGUGUUAACUUUACGAGUAGUUCCGUCAAUUUACCAACUACAUACGCAUUAAUAUCGUGUGUCCUCACGGUCUUCUCCACAGAGUCAAGUGCAGACAUUUUCAUUCUCAAGAGAAAGUGAAGGUGAGUAGAGAAAGUCAUAUUUUGACUGUAGACGUUACGGAAAACGAAAGCGCUAUGCAUUAUUCCUCUGGUGUGAUUUGCACAGAGACAAAGCGGGCUUUUAUAAAUUUCAGCUGACUGACGUUAUCAUCGAUGAACAUGCAAGAGCGAAAGGCGUUGAUUAAAAACCACUCAACCAUUUGUUUUAAUUUUACACGACACGAGAAUGAUUUAAGACGUCUUGAAGAUAACAGAUGGCUAAAACUGUUCGGUAAAGUUAUGCUGAAUUUUAAAGCAAAAGAGACUAAAAUCUUCUUUAGAAUAAAGGAUCAGAUCGAUUUUCCAUGCAGCUUCAUCCGUGCUUCGAUUGAACGAAUCUCAAAAGAUCCUUUUAGAUAUGCCCGCUUUGGUAUGCGUUUCGUUAAGAGAAAGCAAUUUUUAGUCUAAGCGGGAGCUCCAAGCAUCACUCGUUCAAUGAGAUUUGCACUGAAGCAAAGUGGCGAUUUUACUCAACUCCUGAGUGAUAACUUUGUCUUAGAUGGACAUGCAAGAGCACGAUUUUCGCUGAUUUCAUGGCUUACAACCACUUAGUCCCAUUUUUUUAAUGUACACAAUGCAUGGAUGAUUUGAACGGUAGGCGACAGAACUUCAGGCUGUGGGAAUUGAUUUAUCAGUUGUGUUUCGAUUCUAACAAUCUUGAAAAAUCAAAUGAAUGAUCACUGACUUACGCUAUGAAUUUUAUCUAUCUACUUUGUCUCUCUAUGUUGAAAGAUUAUGAAUUUGUGAGGUUGACAUCAAAACUUUUGUUUUAGUACAGUCAUAUAAUCGUUUUUUCGUUCUCAUCAUAAAGUGAGGUGAUUUGUGUUGAUAACACUUGCUUUCGCUCUUAGGGUUUCAAGUUAUUUUGAUAAAUGUAGCUUGUCAUAGUUUUCGUAGUUCUGGUCUCUUUUUCUGAGAGGAUUUUAGAGCAUAUUAGUAGUUGUUCAUAUUUUAUGCAGCUUAGCGGAAACGUGAUGGCAACAAAUUUAGUUGACAAAAAAUCUCAGUUGACCAAAACUUUGUCAUUUCGUCCAGCAGUGUAGAUUUAAAUAGUUUUUCACGGUUAUCAUAUCAUUUACUGUCAACUAAGUAUCAUCGCUUCAGCUUUAUCAUGUUGCGAAUCAACUUGUUGUGGAGGUAAAUCCAACGUUGUAAUUGGUUUUUACUUGGUCUGUAUUUAACCAUAAGGACUGUUCUUCGGUACAGUCCAACCUCGAUUAUCCGGAUUUCUCCACUAUCCGGACUUUUUUUCUGGUCCCAAUUUUGUCAUGAAUAUCCAUCAGUCAUGAUCAAGAUCCGUAGCCAUAUUCGUUUAAAACUGCAGCGUUGAAAAGUGAAGUAAAGUCGUCUUUGUUUCGCUUUCAAAACACUAAAAACCGGGCUCGCACGCUUCGUAACUAACGAAGAACAUUCGAAUGAGGUCUGAUUGGCUUACAGUUGCUUUGUUGUUAAGUGAGAUUUCACGCUCUAUUGGCUCGUUCGGCGUGGUACGCAAGAUAAGCUACACAGCGUCACGAAUGUUUUAUCACGAUCAACAUAUCCUUUCGGCGUAAGCGAUCCGUUCUUUCUACAAUUUUGCGUUUAGAGAAUGGAGAAAAAAGGAACAAAUUUGUCUGCUGAAUAUAGCGUUAGUACGCAGCAGAUAUCUGAUAUCCGCAAUUAAUGCAGAAGACCUCUACACGAUUCACAUGUAGAGGUAUUCACAACGGAUAGUAAAGACAGUAAAGAUAUAGCCAUAUUUUUUUCAAACCGAUUUGUAAAUGUUUUGUUUCACGAUUAAAUGUCGCUUUCUUUAUUUGAUCCGUUUUUGUUCCUCAUUAAUAUUCAUAUUCUCGAUUAUUCGGACUAUUUCGUCUAGUCCCAACGAGUCCGGAUAAUCGCGGUUCGACUGUAUUUGUUCAUAUUUAAUGCAGCUCUGAGGAAACGUAAUGGCAACAAAUUUCGUUGACUUGAAAUUUUAGUUAACCAAAAUUCUGUCAUUUCGUCGAGCAGCGUGGUGUUGAAUAGUUAUUCAAGGUUAUCAUAACAUUUAUUGUCAAUUCAAAUAGUAAGUAUCAUCGCUUCAGCCAUAUCAUUUUGCGAGUCAACUUGUUUUAUAGCAAGAUAGCUCUGUAGGAAAUCCAAACGUUGGGAUUGGUUCUUACCUGGUCUUUAUUUUGCCAUAAGGACUGUUUCCACGGAGACGGUCAUAAGGUGUGCAUUUUGUUCACGAAAGCUGGCUCAAAAUAAAUAACUUUGGCCCCAAAUUCACAUAAUGAAUUACUUAAUAUAACCUCGCUUACUUGAACCGUACUGGGUAAUAUUGGCCUUCGUUCGAUUUUGCAUGGACCUCUCUGCGCUCUCUCCUUACUGCCGCGACAUCCUGGUCAAUAUUCCUCAGUGCGGCCCUCGCGCUCGAUUAUUAAGAAUAUCGCUGUAAAUCGAAAAGAUCUGUUUCAGCCCCAAAAAUAGAGCCGUUUCGGUGAUUGAAAUACCCUUUUUUUUUUUUUUGGGGGUUUAAUUUGGCCUUUCUAGAAAAGGGUUGUUUUGGCCCGAUUGUUUUAGAGCCAAAUCUUUAUUUAGAGAGGAUAAAAAUUGGCUACCAUUUUGUGGCCAAUUUAAGUAAACUUAUGUCACAAAACAAAGCAGAUAAAUGGCUAAAUGGGCCUCAUAAGGUCUGAAACGAUGCUCAUGACAGGAGCUGUUUGGAAGAACUAUGUUAAACAGCCCCUGAAAAGAGUUAAAAUGGUAAUGAUAUGAUGUAAACUGGCCUCACUUGAGCCAUUUCAUAUCUGUACCACAUAAUUAAAUGGCUUCAUAUCUAUAUUUAGAUGGUGUAUAUUUAUAUAAUGAUAAUGGAACUGAGUGGAGUGAAUUCACACUGAAAUCACAAACGUAAAUUUAAAAUCAAACAAGUAAGCAGCGCAAGUUUGAUUUGAAAUCAUAAGUAUGAUUGCCGACCAAAAUUGCUCAACACGAAGUUCAAUUACCACUUCAUUAUAUCCAUUUUUAAAACGCAAAAUGCAGCUGCUCAUACAUAGGAUUUUUAAGUCCGCACAAAUUUUUGUUGAUCCUGCAGUGAACUUGUUUGUAGAAAGUUGAAAAAGUUGUUUUUCAUUUUCCUGCAAUUUGAUUAGUGUCUUUAAGCAAACUAUUUUAGUAUAGCUUCUUCAUUGGCUGGGAAAUAAAUGCGAUGCUGUACAAAACAUGGUGCAAUGAGUGAAUAAAUUGCUCCAAUGAGAGCCAAUCACUUUAAAAGGAUCAUCAGAGUGACCUUGGUUAUGCUUGCAUAAUUACAGAAUCCGACAAAUUAUUCACAGACAUUUGCAAGUCUAGAACGAAACUGUUUGAGAAGUGCUAACUUUUCGAGUAGUUCUGUCGAUUCACAAACCAUUUACGAAGUAAUAUCGUGUGUCUUCACGGUCUUGUUCAUAGAGUCAAAUAUAAACAUUUUCAUUUUAAAGAGAAAGUGAAGGUAAGUAGAGAAAGAUAUAUUUUGACUAUGGGCGUUACGGAAGACGAAAGCGCAAGCAUUAUUCCUUCGGUGUGAUUUGAACCAAGACCAAGCGGGUUUUUAUCAAUUUCAGAUGACUAACUCUAUCAUAGAUAAACAUCCAAGAGCAAAAGCCGUCGAUUAGAAACCACUAAGUCCAUUUGUUUUAAUUUUACACGACAUAUGCAGGAAUGAUUUAAACAAUAGUGGAUAUUGUGAGAAUCAAUUAUCGUAUGGGGCCAAAUGACUAAGUCUUCAGUUAUUCUCAUUACUCCUCGAUAUUUCAUCUAAUCGAUCGAUUCCCUUCCGACGAGAAGUGGCGAGGAUUUUUGAUGAUUGCAGUUUAAAGUUACUGAUCCAGUUAUUUUAGUCAAGAUAUGCCCGCUUUGGUAUGCGUUUCGUUAAGAGAAAGCAAUUAUUAGUCUAAGCGGGAGCUCCAGGCAUCACUCGUUCAAUGAGAUUUGCACUGAAGCAAAGUGGCGAUUUUACUCAACUGCUGAGUGAUAACUUUGUCUUAGAUGGACAUGCAAGAGCACGAUUUUCGCUGAUUUCAUGGCUUACAACCACUUAGUCCCAUUUUUUUAAUGUACACAAUGCAUGGAUGAUUUGAACGGUAGGCGAUAGAACUUCAGGCUGUGGGAAUUGAUUUAUCAGUUGUGUUUAGAUUCUAGGAAUCUUGAAAGAUCAAAUAGAUGAUCACUGACUUACGCUAUGAAUUUUUUUUGUCAUGAAGGCAAGUUUAUCUAUAUGCUUUUUCUCUCCAUGUUGAAAGAUUAUGAAUUUGUGAGGUUGACAUCAAAACUUUUGUUUUAGUACAGUCAUAUAAUCGUUUUUUCGUUCUCAUCAUAAAGUGAGGUAAAUUAAUCUUGCGAUUUGUGUUGAUAACACUUGCUUUACUCUUAGGGUUUCAAGUUAUUUUUAUUAAUGUAGCUUUUCAUAGUUGUCGUAGUUCUGGUCUCUUUUUCUGAGAGGAUUUUAGGGCAUAUUGGUACAGUCCAACCUCGAUUAUCCGGAUUUCUCGAUUAUCCAUACUUUUUUUCUGGUCCCAAAUUUGUCAUGAAUAUCCAUUAGUCAUGAUCAAGAUCCGUAGCCAUAUUCCUUUUAAAACUACAGCGUUGAAAAGCGAAUAAAAGGCGACUUUGUUUCGCUUUCAAAACGCAAAAACCUGCCUCGAACGCUUUGUAACUAACGAAGAACAUUCGAAUGAGGUCUGAUUGGCUUAGAGCUGCUUUGUUGCUAAGUGAGAUUUCACGCUCUAUUGGCUCGUUCGGCGUGGUACGCAAGAUAAGCUACACAGCGUCACGAAUGUUUAAUCACGAUUAUCAUGUCCUCAAAACGUAAACGGCCCGUUCUUUCUACAAUUUUGCGAUUAGAGUAAAGCGAAAAAAGGAACACAUUUGUCUGCUGAAUACGGCGUUAGUACGCAGCAGAUAUCUGAUAUCCGCAAUUAAUACAGAAGACCUCUACACGAUAUAGCCAUAUUUUUUUCAAACCGAUUUGUAAAUGUUUUGUUUCACGAUUAAUUGUCGCUUUCUUUAUUUAAUCAGUUCUUGUUCCUCAUUAAUAUUCAUAUUCUCGAUUAUUUGGACUAUUUCGUCUAGUCCCAACGAGUCCGAAUGAUCGAGGUUCGACUGUAUUUGUUCACAUUUUAUGCAGCUCAGAGAAAACAUAAUGGCAACAAAUUUCGUUAACUUGAAAUUUUAGUUAACCAAAAUUCUGUCAUUUCGUCGAGCAGCGUGGAUUUGAAUAGUUAUUCAAAGUUAUCAUAACAUUUAUUGUCAAUUCAAAUAGUAAGUAUCAUCGCUUCAGCAAUAUCAUUUUGCGAGUCAACUUGUUUUCUGGCAAGAUAGCUCUGUAGCAAAUCCAAACGUUGGGAUUGGUUCUUACCUUGGGAUUGGUCUGUAUUUUGCCAUAACGACUGUUUCCACGGAGACGGUCAUAAGGUGUGCAUUUUGUUUAUGAAAGCUGGCUCAAAAUAAAUAACUUUGGUGGAAAUGGGCAAAUGAUUAUCACUCUAAAAGAUGUAAAGGAACAAAAGGUCACAAAGCAUUUAGCAUCUAAUAACAUUAAUGUAAUUCAUCAGCAGUACCCAAGCUAAAACAGUUUAGAAUAGAUAAAUAGAUCAAUGUUUUUAAAUGUUUCUAGGAAGUUAUUAAAUAAAUCUUAGAUAGUCAUCAUUUUCGUAAUAACAUUGUACAACUCAUAUUUUUAUUAUUACACAAAGCAUCUCUUUAGCUUACUUGGUAUUUUUAGUGGUAUUCUUAACUUUGUUCACUUCAUAUUAAAAUACAGUGGUUUAUAGAACACACGUUUAAGCGUCCUUUUAUGUGACUGUGACCGUACAAUGGAAUCUCUCUGUCGCAUACGAAAUUUUCUUGGUUUCUCGUAUCACAGUUUCUUUGCCGAAAAUGCAACAUGCAAAGAAAUGACUCGUAAGUGUAUAGUAGUCGAUAAAGAACAAAAGAAAGCAAAAAAUUCACAGUACAAUACUAACUAUUAAUUACUCUAUUCAUUCACGGAUAAUGAAAAAUACUCUAAACACUAACAGUUAAUUAGUUAUCACCAGGUUUAGUGAAACCACUCUAACCAAUAAACCAGAAUGUAUUAACUAAAGUAUACUAGCCCAGUAACUCCGAAUAGAAACAAACAAAUUGGGAGGUAAUAGUACAAAAUAUGCUAAAUGUAUUUCACACAUUCACGAGAACCACUCUAACAACCCCAUAAAAUUAAUAGUUCAUCUGGUAAUUUGAAACGAGACCAAGCGGGUUUUUAUAAAUUUCAGAUGACUAGCUUUAUCAUAGAUAAAUAUCUAAGAGCAAAAGCCGUUGGUUAGAGACCACUUAAUCCAUUUGUUUUAAUUUAACACGACACAUGCAGAAGUGAUUUAAACAGUAGAGGAUAUUGUGAGAAUUACUUAACGCACAUGGCCGAAUGACUUUGUCUUCAGUUAUUCUCAUUACUCCUCGAUGGUUCAUCUAAUCGAUAGAUUCCCUUCCGACGAGAAGUGGCGAGGAUAUUUGAUGACUGCAGUUAAAAGAAACUGAUCCGGUUAUUUUAGUUAAGAUAUGCCGGCUUUAGUAUAAGUUUCGUUAAGAGAAAGCACUUUGUAGUCUACGCGGGAGCCCCAAGUAUUACUCGUUCGAUGAGAUUUGCACCGAAGCAAAGCGGCGAUUUUUAGUCAAUUCCUGAGUGAUAACUUUGUCGUGGAUGGACAUGCAAGAGCGCGAUUUUUCGCUGUUUUCAUGGCUUACAACCACUUAGUCCCCUUUUUUUUUAAAAUGUACAUAACAUUUGAAGGAUUUGAACCGUACGCGAUAGCAAUUCUGGUUGUGGGAAUCGAUUUAUUGGUUGUGCAUCGAUUAUAAGAAUCUUGAAAGAUCAAAAAAUAUGAUCUCUGACUUACGCUAUUAAUUUUCUGUGAGUCAUGUAGGCAAGUUUAUUUAUCUGCUCUGUCAGUACAAUCGGAUACUCGUUUUUCGGUUCUCACCAUGAAAAUGAGGUAAAUUAAUCUUGCGAUUUGUGUUGGUAAAACUAGUUUUACCCUUCGGGCUUUAAGUUAUUAUUAUCCAUGUAACUUUUCAUAGUUGUCGUAGUUCUGGUCUCUUUUUCUGAGCGGAUUUUAGGACAUAUUAGUUUUUGUUCAUAUUUUAUGCAGCUUAGCGGAAACGUGAUAGCAACAAAUUUAAUUGACUUAAAAUUUCAGUUGACCAAAAUUUUGUCAUUUCGUCCAGAAGUGUAGAUUUGAAUAGUUUUGUUUUUUCAUAUCAUUUAUUGUCAAUUAAGUAUCAUCGCUUCAGCUUUAUCAUGUUGCGAAUCAACUUGUUAUGGAGGUAAAUCCAAACUUUGUGAUUGGUUCUUUCUUGGUCUGUACUUUGCCAUAAGAACUGUUUCCAUGGAGACGGUCAUGAGGCGUGCAUUUUUGUUCACGAAAGCCGGCUCAAAAUAAACAAGUUUGGCCCAAAAUGCCUUCUAAAACCUCGCUUUCUUAUACCUAUACUGGGUAAUAUUGGCCCUCAUUCGAUCUAGUAUGGUCCUUGCUUUGCUCUGUCCUUACUGCCGCGACUUUGGGUCGAUAUUCCUCAGUACGAGCGACGCUGUAAAUCGAAAAGAUCUGUUUUAGCCCCGAUAAUAGGGCCGUUUCGCUGUUCUAUAUAUACAUGUGUGGGUAUGUGUAUAUAUGUAUACAUAUAUACAUAGCCAUUUUUGGGCGUAUAAGUGUCUCUUUUUGAUGAGAAAAAAAAGGGAUGGUAUUUAAUAAAUAUUUUCAAAUUUGCAACGUUUUUGAACACAGGUGUUUAUUUAUAUAAUGGUAAAGAAACUGAGAGGAAUGCAAUUUGGUCUUAAAUCACAAGCGUAAUUUCAAGAUCAAACAAGUGCGCAGCCCAAGUUUGAUUUGAAGUCGCAACUAUGACUGCAGACCAAAAUUAUACAACACAAAGUUCAAUUAUUUGAAAACUAAAAAUUCAGUUGCUCACAUAUAGGACUUUUUAUAACUAGUCUGUACAAUUGUUUUGUUGAUACUGUAAUAAGCUUUUUUGUAGAAAGUUGCAACAUUUUUUUUUAUCAUUUUCCGGCAAUUUGAUUUGUAGUAUAUAAACAUUUAUUUACACGCAUAUAUAUAUAUAUAUAUAUAUAUAUAUAUAUAUAUAUAUAUAUAUACCAGUUUUCAAAUAAAUACAAAUAUAUACAAACCUUUUCUUUAUCCAUUAAGUGUUAAACAGAUUGUUGGUCCAAUUUUCAAAGGAAAGUAAAAUAUUUGCUGUCCAAAUAACAAAUAAAGUAUUGUUCCUUUGAUUUGCAAAAUAUAUGCACCGUGCAUCACCGUAUUUUUUUCCUGCCUGAAUUAAAACUUUAUUACAAACACUUAGGAUACAUCAGUUACAGAAAAUAAAAUAUUGUCAACAGUAUACACUUAUAUGUAAGACAUAAUGAAGCUUUACUUAAAUCUCCAUGUUACGUAUAUUGCAUAAGUUACCGAAAAAAGAGUUUUUUCAUUAGUUUCCACUUACUUAAGAGUUUUUCUUGAGUAAAGUGGAAUAAUAAAGUAAAGACUAAGAAUGACAAAUUUUCCAAUGCUAUGGUGAAACUUUAGGUGGUUCGUCCUUCCAUCUUACAUUUAUAUAUGGAAACCUAACCACUACAAAAAUGCACGGAGUUAAGCUACAUUUUUGCAAGGCAAACAGUUUGUGUAGCCCCAGAAAACAGAUUCAAGGGAGAAUUCAACUUCAAUUUUAGUCAAUUCCCAAAUCCGACUAUUCAGGGCGCUGCAAACUUGAAAGAUCCGGUCAAAAAUUAAUAAUUAGAAGCCUUACACCUACGUAUACUGAAAUAUAAUCAAUCAAUGCCUAACAGAAAGGAUUCCUCUGUUAAAAAGGCUUCGAUCCUAACUGGCACAUACCUUGAAGACAGUAGUGUAGAGCGAGGGGAAAUAAUAAUCAUUAAAAGAAUGGACUCACAUGUACUGUUAAGUAAUCAAUCAAUGUCUAACAGAAAGGAUUCCUCAGCUAAAAAAGCUUCAUUCCUUAAUUGGCAUGUACCUUGAUCACAGUACUUUAGAGCAAAGGGAAAAAAAUUAGCAAAUGAAAGCAUAGCACCUACAUGUACUGUAAAUAUUUAAUCAAUGCUUAACAGUAAGGAUUCAUCAGCAAAAAUCUUCAUUCCUAACCGGUAUAUCCCUUGAACAAAGAAGUGUAUAGCAAGUAAAAGACUAAUUAGUAGGUGCACUGCACCAACAUGCACUAUUAAUGAUUAAUCCGUGACUGACAGAAUGGAUUCCUCAGCAAAAAGCUUCCCUCCUAAUUGGCAAUUACCUUGAUUACGGUAGUUUAAUUUUGAGCAAUGGAAAAAGCUUAUCAUAAUAGACACUGCACGUACAAUACAUGUCCGGUAGAGUGAUCAAGCAAUACCUACCAGUUAGGAUUCCUCUGCUAAAAGCUUAACUUGGAACUUGUAUAUACCUUUAUCACAGUGGGGUGGAGAAAGAGAAAAAAAUUAAUCGAUAUAAGCAUUGCAUACGCAUAUACUGUAAAAUGAUAAAUCUGAGCCUAACAGUAACAAUCCGUCAAUGAAAAAAAAAGGUUCACUACUAGAAGUAUUGCAGACACAAGUGCUUUAACUGGUCAAUCCAUACCCAGCAGUAAAGAUUCCUCGGCUAACAACUUCACUCCUAACCAGUACAUACCUUGAUCAAACUCCUAACUGGCACAUACCUUGAUCACAUCCCUAACUGACACAUACGUUUCCCGCAGUAGUGUAAAGCGAAAGAAAAAAAUUAAGCAUUAGAAGCAGUGAACUUUCAGUACUUCAAAAUGAUCAAUUAAUACCUAACAGUAAGGAUUCCUCGGCUAAAAUUUUUACUCCUCACUGAUAAAUGCCUUGAUCACCGUAGUGUAGAGAAAGGGAAAAUAGAGGUGCUGCUCCUACAAUGUGCUGUGGUUGAUCAAUCAAUGAGUAACAAUAAAUAUCCUCAGCAAAUAGCCUUACUCCUAACCGACAUAUACCCUGGUCACAGUAGUGUAGAGCAAGGGGAAAAUUAAUCUAAAAAAGCAGUCCAAAGUGCACUGUAAAAUCAUCAAUUAAUGACUGACAGUAUGGAUUGCUCUGCUGAACGCUUCACUCCUGAAUGUCUGAAUGUAAAGCAAGGUAAAAAUUAAUCUCUAGAAACACAGCAUCUGCAUGUACUGGCAUAUACUUUGCUCACAGUAACGUAGAGCAAGGGAAAGAAGAAAUUGAUCGUAUGAAAAUAAAUCGAUCAAUCAACGAAACGUUUACAAUAAGAUUCUCUCAAAAAAAUACUUCUCUCCAAACUAGCAUAUGCCUCGAUCACAUAAAUUAUGAGUAUCAGAAUACUUAUGCAUACUUGCGUAAGAUGCAGCUUACCAAUACCUUCAUACUUAGCCAUCUAAACUGAGUUAUUACCUAUGCGUGAGUGAGACAGCAUGAGAGAGGUAUCCAUCGUACAGAUUAGUCAGAUUGCCUUCAAGGGAAUUUUUGUUUAUUCUUAGGCGUUGUGAAACAUGGAAAGCACUACCCACGCUGGUGAAAGAGGAAAUCAGGGCGAGAGCAUGAGAGAACCUCCAGAGCUUAAAAAGAUAGUAGAAGUGCUUAAGAAGGAGGAUCUCCCCCCAAAGACAACGCCUUGGGAAGAUAUCGAAGAAAAAUUCCUGCCUGUUGAUUUUCUGCUAUUAACAGCAAAGGAAUGUGAAGCUUUAAGCUGCCUCUCCUUUCUCAAACACAUUGAGAGGGGUUGCGAAGAAGAGCUCGGCCCUGUGUAUUUCGGGUUUAAUAGCUCAAAAUUGAAAAUUGCCGUGAUUCAAUGCUCAAUGGGCGCCGCCGCCCCUGGUGGUUCCAUAGUUGUAGUCCAAGGUGCGGUUCCAAUCUUGAAGCCCAAAGCGGUCAUCUGUGUGGGUUAUUGUGCCAGCUUGGACGAGAAUAAAGCGAAGCUUGGUGAUGUCAUUGUAUCUGCAAAGUUGAUAACCUACGCUUUAGUCAAAGUGAGGAAGGAAGGGAUCGAAGAACGCGGCCAUGUUGUUCCUCCACAGCAGGGUAUGGCUAAACUCAUCAAGGAUGCCGGGGCAGGUUGGAAAGCACCUCUAAAAAAACCAAAAGACCUAAAAGUGACAGUACGCAAUGAUGGCGUGCUACUCAGUGGCCCUACUGUGCUUGAUAACCCAGAACAUCGGCGACAAUUAAAGGAGCGAUUUCGCCAAGGAACUGCCAUCGAAAUGGAAGGCGAAGGUAUUGUCUAAAGUACUCCAUAACUUUAUUUAGAGCCCUUGAUCCUAUAGACGCUAUUGCAGAAAAAGUGAUCUACUUAAGUUGUAAUAAUUUAUCGAACAUUUUUCUUUUGGCCAAAAGUGCUGCGUACCAUCAGCAGUUCUAUAUAUUUUGUCUGUUGUGUACUGUUAUUGAUAAGCAAGGAAAGCGUGCCUUCUUGAGGUUUGCACGCUGGAAUAAAUCGAUGAUUUAUUGACAUAACACGUACAACAUAACCAAAGAUACAUGCUUAAGACUAAAAGUUCUAUGCAAAUAUGUGGAGGAAAAGAUAAAAAAUAGUUCCCCUAAAUCCUUGAAGAUUUGCACACAGUACUGAGCACAAGCAUUGCAACGAGUCGUCAAAGUUUACAAUUCGUUCCUCCGAUAUUUUAAUAAAACCACUGCGUUUUGGUGUGUUUUAACAGAAUUUUAACUCCUCUCUAGGUCUUUACGCAGCCGCUCAUAACCAUGGAAUUGAAUGGUUAGUUAUCAAAGGAGUUUCAGACUUCGGCGAUGGUAGCAAAUCUGCUACUAAUCCUUGGAGGCCAUUCGCAAGUGUAAUGGCAGCUUCACUGGUUGCGCAUAUGCUAGAUGACAGUAAUGUGUUUGAGAAAUGGCCCCACUAUGAAAGUAAGUAACUCUGAUAAAUGAUAAUUAGUGUUAUUUUAUGAGAAUCACUUUUGUUUGUUUCUCACGUUUCGGGUGCAUGCUGCUAGAAUUCAGUGAGUAAAUAAGUUAGUGUGGUCGACUGACUACCCACGACCUACAAGACGUGAUUCUCUGCCGCGAUUGAUCUAUCUUUUAUUAGCUGUUGGUCGAAUAUGCAUAAAAAAUCUGAUGUCUAUAAAUGUGUAUUUUUGUUCGUUCUUAGUUUGGGAGGAGCCAGUCAGGUAUCAAAAAGUAUACUUUGUGUUUCCUAUCUAUCUCCAUCCCGCGCGCGCUGCUUCUCCCUCUCCCUUCCUUCCCUGACCAUGAAAACUUUGCAAUAGGGAGGAUGGAUGACAAAAAUCUUGUCCAAGAAUCAUAAAGAAAAACUUCAGGCAUUUUAUCCACUGGUUAGUCAAUUCAUCCAAUAGCCUUUUAAUCCUAGAACAAGUCAGUUUUUUCUUAUCAAAGGUAAACUUAUAGUACCUUCUUGGUGCCAGCCAUUUGGCACUCUUGACGUAGAUGAGUACACCGAGAGCAUGAGGGAAGAUCUGUACAAAGUUUAAUCGAGUCUCGGGAAGUAAAUGGAAGAAUUGUCACCGUAAACGCAUUGUAGGGGGAAGGUUAUUUAAGACUGACUGUUACGCAUUCAUCACAUUCUUAUCUUGUUUUUUCAGAUAAAUCAAAUCGAAAGAGACGCUCGUCGACUCCUGAUUAUACGAAAGCAAAGGUGACCAGAGGUAAUUACCCUUCGUAAAGUUUCUAAAGUCUUGAUUUGCAUGCAGAUACUUUUAGAAUAUCUGAAAGUAUCUCAGAAAACCAUGGCGCUCUCAAGUACCGUUUAUCGUUUUUAAAACAAGUCAUAAAGAUAAUGUCCGCUUUCUUGUACCCAUUGAAUCAAUCAUUCAACACCAUUUCUCGGAAGAGACUGAUGUUUCUGACGUUCAACAUUGGGAGGGGUGGAGUUGACCUCCACAAAACGGUUGAAGACUUGAAUAUACAUAACCCUCAUUUAUAGCAGAGCUAUGAUAGCAUUAGGACAAUUAUAACUUUUGCGUUAUUUGACACGCAGUGAGAAUGUCAAGAACAAAAGAUUACAUAUUUUCCUAUUAACUGCGGCUAAUUCUGGCACUCCCGCAAACUACCGCGUAAAUGAGAAGAUAUGGACGUCGCCUGGGAUUCGAAGCAAGUUGCUUAAAGAGUUUGUGAUUGUGGGUGGACCUCAUUAACAAAAAUUGUGACUAAAUAUUUUCACCUUCAUUUAAACAAGUCGUAAAAAUUUACAUCGCUUAAUCCCAGCCACCAGAAAAAUCCCAUGACGGCUCCAUGACAUUCCCUACUGAUUCAUUCCAUAGCAACAGCAUUGCAUUUGAGGAAAAAUAUGGUAAUUAUGACGAGAGGCUGCUUCCUAGAAAACGUGGUUCAUGACCUCCAUGUUAAAGAUGGUUGUAGAGCCCUGCGCAAAUGAAGAGGUCAGAAUAGAUGAGUCUAGAAAGCUAUUUAGGCAGUUUGUCUUGAGGAAAUUCCUUUUUUCCCAUACUAAAAAUGACUCUUGCUGAAGCCUGACAGUCCUCAAGCCCAACGAUUCGAUAUCGAAUAAUAAAAAAAAGAGAAAUCACCUUUCGCCACCACUGCUCGCCAUUCACCAGAUACUUGAAGCACUUUUUUCUAAUUUUUUUCCUUCUCCAUCCAUUAUUAUCCUCAGCUUAAUUUGGUCAAGGCUGGUGGACCAUCAGUAGACGAGUUGGAAGAUCUGUCUCUGGAACUUGGAAAUAAUUAG